CCCAUUAAUGAAAUAAUAACACCUACUGUAGACUUCUUUUAAAAUUCCAAAAUAGGGUUUCAAGGAGAAGAAUCUUGUGACUUGUGAGUGGAUUCUCAUUCUCCAAGGCUAAAGAUGAAGCUGAAGCUGAAGCAAUUAGAAAGCCUCUUAGGUGGCCUUGAACAGUUCUCCAAUCCAAAGGUGGAACUAGAGCAGUAUCCGACGGGACCCCACAUCGCUGCUCGCAUGCUUUACACUGCGGAGAAUUCUUUUGGGGAUGUUACCGAUAAGUUAGUGGCUGAUUUUGGUUGCGGGUGUGGUACGUUAGGUGCUGCAGCUGCUCUCUUGGGUGCAGAACAGGUUAUCGCUAUUGAUAUAGAUUCACAAUCUCUUGAGAUAGCAUCGGUAAAUGCAGAGGAUCUUGAGUUGGACAUAAAUUUUAUUCAAUGUAACAUCAUGAACUUAGAAUGGAGAGGUCAAACUGUUGAUACUGUUGUAAUGAAUCCUCCAUUUGGAACUCGGAAAAAGGGGGCUGAUAUGGAUUUCCUCUGUGUGGCUUUGAAGGUUGCAUCUGGAGCAGUUUAUUCCUUGCAUAAGACUUCCACAAGAGAUCAUGUGAAAAAGGCAGCAUUGCGAGACUUUAAUGCUAGUAGUGCUGAGGUUUUGUGUGAGCUUCGAUAUGAUGUUCCGCAAUUAUACAAAUUUCAUAAGAAAAAGGAAGUGGAUAUUGCUGUGGACCUCUGGCGAUUUGUUCCUAAAAGGAAUCAAAGAAAGGUUACUUAGCAUAUGCAUUGGGGUGUAUCAUAAACAAUAUACAUGUUUGAAAAAUAUUCAAGAAAUUUGUAUUUAUGCAGAAUGGAAGAGACUUCUUUAUUUUUCUUAUCUUAAUUUACGGGGUGGAACUUCGUGAAACGUAUAUAGUCAAUCAACAAUUUUUCGGAUCAUUCUUCAUUGAAUUUGUUGAAGCAUUGCCCUCAAAAUAGA